CUGUUCGAUUGCAUGGGUGACCUUCUUCCGUUCGAGCUAGCUUGCUACUGUUGAUCUACACGAUAGUGUCGUUUUAACGAUGAGAGCGUCAGAUGACAAUUGUGCCUAGGGAGAUGUUGUCUUGUGUACUGAGAAGAUGCAUUUUGUCUGGCAACAAGCCUUUGCAGCUUGUUUCCAGACUAUCCGCUUGCCCAGAUAGACCACCAUGUAUCAGAGGAAAGGUUCUGAGCUGCGGGUCAAUAUGCAGAGGUCCAGAGCCUCUCAGAUUGAACUCAGGUACUCUCCUCAGGAUUCAGUCUUUCCACAGUUCAGCUUGGAUGCAUAAGAGAAAGCCCCCUGAAGAGCCUUCUUCUCGGGAACUGGACCUGCUGCGGUAUGAUAUGAAGGACUUAAAACUGGCGCCCAAACCGGCCUUAUAUCUUGGACUAUCCGGACUCAUGCCAUUUGUGGCCGCACCACUUGUCAUGGGUGCUACAGAGCUCUACAUGCCUGAGAUAGCAUUUGCACAAGUUGCAUAUGGAGCCUGUAUCGUGUCCUUCUUGGGUGGUGUGCGUUGGGGUUUUGCCAUUCCUGAGGGUAGUCCAGCAAAACCUGAUUGGCUGAACCUGGCAAAUAGUGUUGUUCCCUCUUUGAUAGCAUGGGUAGCUUUACUCUUCAGCAAAGAUUAUUUUACACAGUCAGCUAUAACAGUGAUCAUUGGGCUAGGAAUUGCUCUGCACUAUGAUCUCGCUCUUCUUCCCACCUACCCUAGCUGGUUUAAAGCUCUGAGAGCCCUGCUCACAUUUGUCGCCUUUUUUUCUCUGUUGUCAACAAUCGUGAUUAAAGGAGUGUUCCCAGAAAAGAAGUUUCUGACAGAAAAGUAAUGUGCUGUUAUGGAUUUUUAAUUUAUCAUUGAAAAUAGAAUAAAGCCAGAGCAAAAGUCUAUCAGUCAGUGAUUUUACUGUACAUGGUUUUAUUACAAAACACUUCAAAAGAGAUUGUUAAAUAAAUUGAUAAAAGAAGCACCCAUUGGCUUUCUCCACUUUAUUGUAGCCACUCCCCCUCUCACACAGCACAGCGCAGGUCCAGAGACAGAGAGGGUAAGCAGAGUUUUGACAGCACUGAAUCAGGGCACAGCACAGGUCAUUCCACAAAAUGGUUUGUCUUCUCUAUCAGAAAGCUAUUCAAUAAGCAUAACAAUAAACAUAUAUAAAGUCUAACAGCUGUUCUGAGUUAAGGCUGUCAUUUUGAUCUGUAACAAUGUCACAUGCAGCCAUGCCUAAAUUCUGCUCACUGACUGCAUAUUUAUUUUAGGCUAGUGUAUUGCUAUAUAAAAUUUAGUAUUCAUUAUUGAAUGCUUAGCUGGAAUGAUGUUUUUCCUAUCAUCCAAUUUUUAGGCAGGCACACCUGUGGCCAUGUAAGUGGGCUACGGGUUUUCUACAGGAAUGGCAUGUUUGAACGGGCAGGCACUGCACUAGUUGUUUAAAAUAUGAAUUCAUCAAUGGACAUAUAAAACCAAACCCGUUGCAGAGUUGUGAGAAAUUGCUUUGUCUUCCUCCAGGACAUCAUGUUGCAUAAAUCAAAAUGUGUCCUGUUGACACUUAACACACCUUCAUCCUCCGUCCAUUUAAUUAUGUCUGCACAUUAAACAUGGUGGUGUUGAUUGGUCCCUGUGGUCACUGA